GGGUGACGUCAAGCUGGGGCCGAACCUGCGAAUCAGGAGUCAGCUCGGCCACGCCCCACCGCGGCACGGCUGCCAAUGAGGAGCACGAGCGGACCCAUCCGCUUCCCCCGUGGCAGCAGCUGUACGGCCAUGGCGGAGGCGGCGGUGGCGGAGAGCAUGGAGCGGGAGGGCACCCGCGAGCGGCCGGCGGAGCUGAUUCCGCCCGUGGAUCCGGAGGCGCUGGCGGAGCUGGCGGCGCUGGGCGCGCAGUUGGCGGCGCAGGUGGACGAACUGCUGCGGAGUCUGCGCGCGGGGCUGGCGGCACGGACGGCGCUGAGCGUGGGCUGUAUCCAUGCGUACCGCGACGGCGCGGAGAGCCUGGGCGAGGCGGCGGACGCGGGCGUGCGCGCGCUGUACACGCUGGUGGCGCGCUGCGAGGAGCUGGACCGCGCCAUGCAGCCCGUGCCCGCGCUGGCCGCGCGCAUCCGCUGCCUCAAGGGCGCGCUCGACCGCCUUGACGCGCUCUGCAAGUAGCAGCCCCUCGGCCCCGGCCCGCCGAGCUCCUGCUUUUUACCCCCGCGCAGCCGAUCUAAUAAAUUGCUGGUGUUUUGAAGCGGGCUGUGCCGGUGCUCCCGUUCGUCCCCUCUUGCCUGGGAAGCCGGGCUGCGCCGGGGGAAGCCUUCCUGCCUCCGAGCCUGGGGCUUCUGCUCUGCUCUCCCCGCAAGCUGCUGCCACCUCUUUUUCCUGUGCUAGACACCUUAGAUUAACCGGGGAGUUCAGUGGUUGCUGAGCUGUCAUUCAGCUUGGCCACUGCGCUCUUCCCUGGCGGUCUUCUCUGGGCGAGCGCCCUCCAGCCACCCUUUCACCUCACUCUUGGCAGUAGUACAGCCAUCAUGACCUGUGUGGGGCUUUCCAUGGGGAGCUUGGCAGCGCAGGUUGCUCUUGCUGUGCUUCUCACCAAGUUCUGCCUUCCAAGCUUGCAGUGGGAGCUAAAAUCUCUUUCUCUUCCUAACACGCCUGCUUUCAGCGGCCAAGAAGGCAGCUUUGCGGCACCUUACAGUUGAACGAAUGCAUCCCCGUGUUCCUUGUAGCAGGUGUGUUAGGCCAAGCCAAAACUACAAGUGUUGGAGAAUGAUCCUCCUUGCAUUCUUGGGGCAGGUGUGCCUUCUGGCAGGAUGGAAGGCUACAUUAGAAACUAGGCUAGACGUUGAAAGAUAAAGAUUAGAAAUGAAAUGGUCUUCCGAGCAUUAGUUAUACUUCACCGUUGUUCAGGGAAAAGCUAACACAAGACAUGGAUGUAGGGAUGUGGGAUUUUUUGCUAAUUACUGGAGUACAAUAGCAGCAUCUGUGUAGCUCUAGCAGGAGCAUUAACAUAGGCUGAAUAACAUUUGUGGUUUUUACCACAGUGUGGUCUAACUGCUCACAUCGGGUCAAGACAGGCCAGAGGUACAAUAGUGGCAGGGAGAGCCAAGUGUUUCAAUAGCUGUAGUAGGAGAUCAUGGUAAAUUUAUGAAGAGCGUCUGCAAGCAAAAGGACUGAAUUCUGAGGGUGGUAGAAAGAAAAUAAGCUGUCCUAUCCUCUUUCCCUUCUGCUACAGUAACAGGUCCCAUUUCUGAUGCUUUUGUGUGGCUACUACACUACCCCCUGAUAUGGAGAAAAGCGGCUCAGACCUAAAGUUCCCCAAAUGAUUUCUAGACUGUCUAGCUUUUGCUUUCUCAAACAUGAAACCAAGUUCUUUAAGAAACCAAAAUGACCUUAUUAAUUCUUGGUGCAUAGUAGAAAAAAUCUUGCUGCUGGAUUACAAAGCAGCAGCAAUUAUUAACUAUGAUUUCUAGCAGCAGCUACAUUUCCACCUUUUUCACUGCCAGCUGUACUUUAUCUUUUCAAACUGGGCCUCAGCUGGCUUUGUUACUGAAGUAAACAGAAGAUGGAAGCUAAGUCCUGCUGUUGCAAACGGUACUGUACAGCUGCCUGCUAACAGACCUCUAAUUACCACUCACCACGCCAGUGAGCCAGCUGACAUGAAACUAUUUCUAGCUCAUACAGAUACUAGUUACUGGAUAGUAUGCAAAACAAUGCAUAAACAAAUGUGCUUUGAAGUUAAAUUUUGUUUUAUGUAAUUUUUUAUUUCUAGCUGACUUCUUUGAAAGUUCCUACAUUACAGUGUUUAUUACAAGUAUAAUUAAGUGAAUAUGCAGGGCAGGAUUUUUCCAUCUCUUACAAAUUAUUAGUAUGAGACAGGUUAAUAGGUGAGCUUACAGUUCACAUUCUCAAACUACUGAUUUAUUCCAGUGCACAAAUGCAAUUUUCCAUCCAUCUAUUCUAUAGAAUUACACCUUCAAAAUGUUUGGUGAAUGUGAAACCACCUCAAGGAAGAGGAGAGUUCGAAUAAUUUUAGUAUUGAAAUUAACAUUCAUACUUUUGGAUGUAAUCAAGAUUCAGAUACGAGAAAAUGUUAUAUUAAAAUGGUAAGAUAAAAG